AUGGCCUUCAACAACAAACCCAAGAAACCCCAUGCCAUCCCUUCUCAAUCUAAAUCCAAUCUAUGCACCACGCUCUUCUUCGUUGUUCUCUUCACCAUCCCUGCCCUGUUCCUCCUCCGUGCCCCAACCACCUCCAUUUGCACUACCUUAAUUGCCCACCAUGCUAAUAAUCCUUGGUCAGGUGAUCUACGAAAUGCAGAGUUUGCAUGGAACCGUCUUGCUUUCACUGAAAAUAAAACUCCUCCAGUCAAGCUCAAGAUUGCUGUUUUCUCUCGGAAAUGGCCUAUUGGUACAACCCCUGGGGGCAUGGAACGCCAUGCCUACACUUUACACACUGCUCUAGCUCACCGCGGCCAUCAAGUGCAUAUCUUCACCUCUCCUGUAGACGAAAAUAGCCCAUCUGCUUCUCAUGGCAGUGUAACAACUUCUCCACGGAUUCAUUUUCAUGAAGGGGAGCCAGGCAAGUGGAGAUACAACAAGGCAUGGGAGCAAUUUGAUGAGGAGAACCAGCGUGAAAAACCAUUUGACGUGGUUCAUUCGGAAAGUGUGGCUUUGCCUCAUUGGUUAGCUCGCAAUGUUCCAAAUCUUGCAGUUUCCUGGCAUGGUAUAGCUCUCGAAAGCUUACAGUCAAGUAUUUACCAGGACUUGACACGAAAGCCAAAUGAGGCCAUCUCUCCUGAUUUUAAUAGAAGUCUCCAUGGUGUUGUCCCCAAAGUGCUUAAUGAGAUAAGGUUUUUCAAGAAUUACGAACAUCAUGUUGCUAUUAGUGAUAGUUGUGGUGAGAUGCUAAGGGAUGUGUACCAGAUUCCUAGGAGAAGAGUCCAUGUAAUUGUCAACGGUGUAGAUGGCGAUGGUUUUGGAGAAGAUGUGAGAUUAGGGCAUGAGUUCAGGUCUAAAAUUGGUGUCCCAAUUAAUGCUAGUUUGGUACUUGGUGUGGCUGGAAGAUUAGUGAAAGAUAAAGGGCAUCCAAUUCUUUUUGAAGCAUUUUCCAAGUUCAUGGAAAAACACCCUGAUGUCUACUUAAUUGUGGCAGGUUCAGGUCCAUGGCAGCAAAGAUACAAAGAAUUAGGCCCUACGGUCUUGGUUUUGGGAUCUAUGAGUCCAUCUGAAUUGAGGGCAUUCUAUAACUCGAUUGAUAUCUUUGUGAAUCCAACACUUAGACCUCAAGGGCUUGAUCUUACACUCAUGGAGGCGAUGAUGAGUGGAAAGCCAGUUAUGGCAUCAAGAUUUCCUAGCAUUAAAGGUACUAUUGUCGUGGAUGAUGAGUUUGGAUUCAUGUUUUCUCCAAACGUGGAGUCUUUACUGGAGGCAUUGGAAGCUGUAGUGACGGAAGGAUCCAGACGACUAGCUCAGAGAGGGAGGGCAUGCCAACAGUAUGCUGCUUCCAUGUUCACUGCCCGAAAGAUGGCACUGGCAUAUGAGAGGUUAUUUCUCUGUAUCAAAAAUGAAACGUUUUGUAACUAUCAUUAG